GCUCCCCAGUGACAGCAGCGGCAGGAAGCUGGCUGGCGUUAGCCGGUUGCUAGGCCUGUUGUUCUUGGAAGGGAGAACACUGGACGAUACCCUCACGUAACUCGCAUCUCUGGGCCCACAGUGUCUGCAUGGCGAAGUCCCCAGGGACCUCUUCCCUGGAGGAGAUUCUGGGGCACUAUCAGCGGAGUCUCCGGGAGCGCGCCAAUAGAAGCAUUCAUCAACUGAAGUGUGUGCUGAGAGAAAGCGAAGGAGCGACUGGAGAAGAAGCACUGGAUGCCUCCCAUAGCAUCACUGCAGGAGAUGAGGAUGCUGGGGCAGCCUGGCACGAACUGCAACACAGCCAUGCCGUUAAUCAGCUCAAAGCAUUGUUGUGGCGACAAGAAAAUAAAGAAACUGAAAUAUCUUUAUCACAAAGACAAAAAAUAUCCUCUUUGAACGCAUCAGAAGAUGAGGAAACCAUGAUACCCACAGUGCAAAACCUUGUACCUAUCAUUAAUGACCAGUCUCAGUACAUUCAUCAUUUAGAAGCAGAGGUGAAAUUCUGUAAGGAGGAACUCUCUGGAAUGAAAAAUAGGAUACAAGUAGUUGUACUUGAAAAUGAAAAGCUCCAGCAAGCAAUGAAAUCUCAAAGACAAGAGGAGACGUUGAGGGAACAGACAUUUCUGGAUACAUCUGAAAACAUGCAAAAUUCUUGGAUUAUAACAGGCGAAGGUUCUAAGGUAGAUGAAGCUGCCAAGAGACCGUUCUCCCACGGCAGUGCACAUGUUGGCAGAACUGCAUCUUCAAAUGAGGCUGAAAAAUGGAAACUAGAACUGGAGAGGCUAAAACUUAUCUAUGAGGAAAAGGGUGAAUUCCUGGAAUCUCAACUGAAGUCUUUAAGGAAAGGCUUAGCUGAAUAUCAGAAAAAUUGUGAAGAUCUUAAAGAGCAACUAAAACAGAAAGAGUCUCUUCUUGCUGUGAAUGUUUCUGAUCGUGUUGGUGGUCUUUGUUUGAAAUGUGCUCAGCAUGAAGCUGUUCUUUCCCAAACCCAUCACAAUGUGCACCUGAAGACCAUCGAGAGACUGACCAAAGAAAGAGAUGACUUAAUGUCCGCAUUAGUUUCCGUAAGGAACAGCCUGGCAGAUGUGCAGCAAAGAGAAGCGAGUGCGUACGAACAGGUGAAACAAGCAGUGCAAAUGACCGAAGAAGCCAAUUUUGAAAAAACCAAGGCUUUAAUCCAGUGUGAGCAGUUGAAGAAUGAACUGCAGAGGCAGACAGAUCGCCUUGAAAAAGAACUUGCAUCUCAGCAAGAAAAAAGAGCCUUGGAGAAAGAGAUGAUGAAAAAAGAAAUAAUGAAAGAGAGGCAAGACAGGGAAUCAGAGAUGUUAAUCCUGUCUCAGAACAUUGCCCAACUGGAGAGUCAGGUGGAAAAGGCAACGAGGGAAAGGAUGUCAACUAUGAAUCAACUGGAAGAGCUUCAGGACCAGCUUACCUCCCAGGACAAGGAUGCCACCCAGGUGUGUGGAGAAAUGCGCUUUCAGAUGAAUAAAGCCAAAACGGAGAGGGAUGAGGCAGAAAAAGAACACAGAGAGUACAAAGCAAAAACUAGAAUGGAUCUUGAAAUGAAAGAUCAGGAAAUAGAGAGAUUGAGGAUAGAACUGAGUGAAAGCAAGCAGCACUUGGAACAGGAGCAGCAGAAGGCGGCCCGGGCCAGAGAGGAGUGCCUGAGACUAACAGGACUGCUAGGCGAAUCCGAGCACCAACUGCACCUCACCAGACUGGAAAAAGAUAGCAUUCAGCAGAGCUUUAGCAACGAAGCAAAGGCCCAAGCCCUUCAGGCCCUGCAAAGAGAGCAGGAGCUGACACAGAAGAUACAGCAAAUGGAGGCCCAGCAUGACAAAACUGAAAAUGAACAGUAUUCCCUGAUGACCUCCCAGAAUAUAUUUUUGACAAAGUUAAAGGAAGAGUGCUGUACACUAGCCAAGAAGCUGGAACAAAUCUCUAAAAAAAGCAGGUCAACGAUAGCUCAGCUCAGUCAAGAAAAAAGACACACAUAUGACAAACUAGAAAAACUGCAGAGAAGGAACAGUGCGUUGGAGGAGCAGUGUGUCGAGCACGGGAGGCUACAUGAAAGAAUGAAGCAAAGGCUCAGGCAGCUGGACGGGCAAAGCCAGGCCACAGCCCAGCAGCUGGUGCAGCUCCUCAACAAGCAAAACCAACUUCUCCUGGAGAGACAGAACCUGGCGGAAGAAGUGGACCGGCUACGGACACAGUUACCCAGCAUGCCACAAUCUGAUUGCUGACCUGGAUGAAACAGAGUGAAUAAAUGAUUUACAAA